CGAAAGUUAUAAUGUCAGAAGAAGCGGUUAAUCUGCAGCCGAACUUCAGCAGUGUUCGUUCACAAGUUAAGAGAACAUAUGUCUUUUUACAGUAAUCUUCAACUGAGAGUGACAAAUAAAUCCUUGAAGAAAGAAGACUUUGCCUCUCAUUGGAGAACUGUUAGCUAUCUGCCAAACUAAGCAAUUCACGUUCAGGGAGGGCAGAAUAGUAAAAAGACAUCUUCUUGCCACACUCUAUGUAAACAAACUGCUGCACAGUUGCAAGUGUUUAAUCGUCACAGAAGACUUGUCAAUCAUGGCAACUCCUGCAGAUGAGAAAAAAGGUGAUAAAACACUGGAGACAAGAUCUAGAGCAUCCAGUUCUAAGCACUCCAGUCAACUCACCUCAUCAUCUGUCUCUAUGGCCAGGGCUCGUGCAAAGGCUGAAGCUGCACGAGUAAAGCUUUCCUUUGCACACAUGGAAGCAGACAUUUUGAAGAAACAAGCUGACCAGCUUAAAAAGAAAGCUGAGUUAGAUGCAGAACUGCACGUGCUCAAAUCAGAGAAAGAAGCGGCGGCGGCACAAGCUGAGGCUCAAGCUUGGGAAGAAUCCACUCAGGAAAUCAGAGACCCACAACAGUCCCAACUGGUCGAAAUGCCACUCAUCGAUGCAACCCAGCGCACCCAAGAGUAUGUGCAGCAACAUGCAGAAUUCAACUCUGGUCCGCAAACCUAUCAUGACUACCCUCCUGAUCUUCCAUCUACAUCCAUGGAUCAGCCUGCCACAAGCUACCUUAAACCGACUGUGGGCUGCAACGACCCGGGCAGUUAUCAGGGCAGUCAGCACGGCAAGGAAGAGUUUAAACCUUUGCCAGUUCUUUCAUCUGACCAAAGACAGAAGGUUGGGGUGAGCAUACUGCAACACCACUGUGCGACAAGUCCCGAAAGAGAGCCUACCAGUGGGAAUUAUGGUCCUUAUGUACAAAGGUCUAACAACGACAGCAAGCCUUAUCCUCCUGGGCCCCACAUAUCUACACCAAGACCUCCUCAUGUCCAUCCUACAGACACCUCGGACUUAGCGAAAUAUUUGAUGCGUCGAGAGAUGGUUAGUUCUGGGUUGCUGAGAUUUGAUGAUCAACCCGAGAAUUACUGGGCAUGGAAGACAUCGUUUCAGUCUGCAGUUUGGGAUCUGAAUCUGCUACCACAAGAAGAGUUGGAUCUGCUCGCAAAAUGGCUUGGACCACAAUCAGCUGCUCAAGCAAGACGAAUCAGAGCAGCGUACAUUCACGACCCUGGGGCAGGUCUCAACAUGGUGUGGCAGCGACUAGAAGAAUGUUUCGGUGCUCCAGAAAUCAUAGAGCACGCACUGUUAAAGAGAGUGGAGGACUUUCCAAAGUUGUCGAACAGAGAGCACCAGCGUUUGAGGGAGCUAGGAGACCUUCUUCUGGAGCUACAAGCAGCAAAGCAGAACGGUUAUCUUCCGGGCCUUUCUCAUCUGGAUACAGCACAUGGAGUCAAUCCUAUUCUAACGAAACUCCCGUACAACCUGCAGGAGAAGUGGGUUACUGUUGCUUCAAAAUUUAAAAGAGAUUGUGGUGUGUCCUAUCCUCCAUUUUCAUUCUUUGUCAGAUUCGUCAGUGAGGAAGCCAAGGUUCGCAAUGACCCUAGCUUUGCCUGUGUCACCUCCUUCAGCCUGAGAACAGAAAAAACAGCAGGUCUAAAGCAGAAACACCAACUGCCAAUCUCUGUCAGGAAAACGGAUGUAUCACCGGUAAGUGGAGCUAGUCAACGUCUUACCACUGACAAUAGCGUCAUAGACCCUGAUAAACAGUGUCCUCUGCAUUGUAAACCACACCCAUUGAGGAAGUGUCGUCUGUUCAGAAAUAAGAGUCUGGAAGAAAGAAAAUCCCUCCUGAAGGACAAAUAUGUGUGUUUUAGAUGCUGUUCUUCCAUUAACCACAUGGCAAAAGACUGCAAUGUGCCAUUAAAAUGCAGAGAAUGUGGAAGUGAAACACAUACCACAGCACUUCAUCCAGAACCUCUCCCUUUAAAGUGGAAAAACUCUGCUGCUUCAGAAGACCAUGGCGGGGAGAAAGAGGAGCUAACAGCCACAGAUGUGACAUCGAAAUGUACUGAAAUAUGUGGAAAUUUAGCCGGCUCAAGAUCAUGUUCUAAAAUAUGCCUGGUGAGAGUGUAUCCUGCUGGACAGUCAGAAAAGGCAGUCAAAAUGUACGCCGUUCUUGAUGAACAAAGCAACCGCUCACUCGCAAAAACAGACUUUUUCAACCUUUUCAGUAUUGAUGGACACCUAGAACCAUACACCUUGAAAACAUGUUCAGGAGUCAUGGAUGUGACAGGAAGACGAGCAAACAACUUCAUCAUUGAAUCCCUGGAUGGCAUGACACAGCUCUCACUUCCUACUCUCAUCGAGUGUGACAUGAUACCCGAUGAUAGAGCAGAAAUCCCAGCUCCAGAAGUUGCUCUUCACUAUCCACACCUCAAGCCUGUAACAAGCAAAAUCCCAGAGGUCGAUCCGCAUGCAGAAAUCCUCAUCCUCCUUGGUAGAGACAUUCUCUGUGUACACAAGGUCAGAGAGCAGCACAAUGAUCUCCACAAUGAACCAUACGCUCAACGUCUGGACCUUGGGUGGGUCAUUGUUGGAGAGGUGUGUCUUGGAUUCGCACAUAAGUCAUUUCAAACCAGCGUCUACAAAACCAACAUCCUACAUAAUGGACGAGCUUCACUUUUGGAGCAAUGCACCAACAACAUUCAGGCCAAAGAGAAGUUCAGUUGUCACAUUCCAAGCUUGAAUCUUCGAAGCUCCAUGUUUAACCAGGUGAGGGAAACUGAUGUUCUUGGUUACCAAGUAUUCCAGAGAACCGAACAUGACGACAUCUUGGAUCUGUCAAUUGAAGAUAGGAUUUUUGUGGAAACACUAGAUCAGCAAACGUAUAAGGAUGAAGCAAACACAUGGGUUGCCCCCUUACCUUUUCGAACACCACGGAACCGUCUUCCAAACAAUCUGUUUCAAGCUAUGAAGCGUCUUUCAUCUCUAAGGUGCAAUCUAGACAAGAAACCACAGAUGAAGAAAGAUUUCAUCAACUUCAUGCAAAAGGUAUUUGACGCCAAGCAAGCAGAGCCAGCUCCGCCGCUCACGGAAGGACAGGAACGUUGGUACCUACCCUUAUUCGGCGUUUACCAUCCACGCAAGCCAGAACAGAUAAGAGUAGUGUUCGAUUCCAGUGCUAAACAUGAAGGAGUUUCUCUUAAUGACGUGCUUCUUUGUGUCCUGAUCUGA